UCAGUGUUGCCACAAACAUUUUUGUUCAGAGAAAGAAGUGGUUUACAGAAGUCAAAAAUGGACCCCCUUUUCUUAGCUUACAGCUAUUACAGGAGAAAGAAGUAUGAACAGUGUGCAGAAAUAUGUACUCAGUUAUUGGAGAAAAAUCCAUACGAUCAGGCUGCAUGGACUUUGAAGACAAGAGCAUUGACAGGACAAGUCUAUGUGGAUGAAGUAGAUGUUGACGAAGAAGGGAUUGCUGAGAUGGUGAUGGAUGAUAACACUAUAGCCCAGGUAUCCAGACCAGGGACGUCACUAAAACAGCCAGGGACAGGACGAGGGGCACCCAGCCAAGGGGUCAGGCCAAUGUCACAAUCUGGUCGGCCACUGUCAGGAUUUGUUAGGCCAAGCACACAGGGAGGAAGACCAGGCACCAUGGAGAAAGCCAUUAUGACCCCCAGAACAGCCCACACGGCCCGCCCAGUCACUAGUGCCUCAGGCCGCUAUGUCAGGCUGGGAACUGCAUCUAUGCUUUCAACACCAGAUGGGCCUUUUAUUAACCUGGCCAGACUUAAUUUUACAAAGUAUUCAGCAAGACCUAAUUUAGCCAAAGCUUUGUUUGAAUACAUAUUCCACCAUGAAAAUGAUGUUCGAAAUGCCCUGGAACUUGCUGCUUUAGCCACUGAAGCUUGUCAGUUCAAAGAUUGGUGGUGGAAAGUCCAGCUGGCAAAGUGUUAUUACAGGCUUGGAAUGUACAGAGAUGCUGAGAAGCAGUUGAAGUCAGCACUGAAGCAGCAGGACCAUGUAGACACAUACUUGUAUUUAUGUAAGGUGUAUUGUCGACUUGACCAGCCCCUGACAGCCAUAGAAGUCUUCAAACAGGGACUAGAGAAGUUCCAAGGGGAGACCACUCUUAUGACAGGGAUUGCCAGAAUUUAUGAGGGGAUGAAUGAUAUGGACAAUGCAGUAAAGUUUUAUAAAGAUGUGCUUAAUUAUGACAGUAUGUAUGUUGAGGCCAUAGCCUGUAUAGCUACAAACCACUUCUACACUGACCAGCCGGAGGUGGCACUCAAAUUUUACAGACGCUUGCUGCAGAUGGGAGUAUAUAAUGCUGAGCUCUUCAAUAACCUUGGCUUAUGCUGCUUCUAUGCUCAGCAAUAUGAUAUGACCUUGACAUGUUUUGAACGAGCCCUGUCAUUAGCGGAGGAAGUAACUUUAUCAGAAGUAUGGUACAAUAUUGGACAUGUAGCAUUGGGUAUUGGAGACAUGACAUUAGCCUACCAAGCAUUUAGACUUACCUUAGCCAAUAAUAAUGACCAUGCAGAAGCUUAUAAUAACCUGGGUGUCUUAGAACUAAGAAAAGGCCAUGUAGAAAUGGCUCGAGCAUUUUUCCAGGCUGCACUAAGUCUGGCUCCUCAUAUGUAUGAACCCCAUUAUAAUUGGGCUGCUCUGGCAGAUCAGCUUGGAGAUCUACAGAGCAGUUACAAUGCUGCAAAGAGAGCAGUAGAGGCAUUCCAAAAUCAUGUGGAUUCUAAGGAACUUCUCAAACAGCUGAAACAUCACUUUUCUCUUCUCUAGAUAUGUUUUCUUUUACGUGAAGACUUUGUGGGCUAUAGAACAAAAUCGAAAAUGGAGACUGAAACUGUUCAUAUACCAGACAAAAAGAUGACUUUUUUUCCUGUGAUAAUAUACAUGUAUGAGAACUCUUUUGUUUUGAUUAAAAUGUAUGCAUAUUAUUAUUCUACGACUGAUAAUGAAGAAUUGAUAAGUAAAACAGAUAUGAAUUGUUUCACACAUUACAUACUGUAUGUACGAGGGUCAUUCAAAAAAUACAUAGACAAUAUCACUUCAUAAUAUUACUUUUAUAAGAUUGAAGAUCAAUACAUUUGCAAAUGUAAACAUUAUUUUGUCAAAGUGUGCAGUUUCAUUCCAUUUGAUUAAAUGGAACUUGUGAUACUUAAUUUUAAAAUUAAUAUGUUUUGUCACCACUGAGCACUCUCAAUGACAUUUUAACUUCAAAAACAACGGUGUGAAAAUUCUUCAAGAUUCAUUUCCAUCGUCAUUUCUCACACAGUCUGUAGCACCUUACCCACUCAUUAAAAACAUUUUAACACUUGACACUUAGUUUGCUAAAAAAAAAUUGAGUAGCAUUAAGUUAGUUUGUUGAUGUUUUCAAAUCUUAACCGCGCAACUUUGCUUUCACAAGUUCUGCAACAGUGAAGCACACAUCACUUUCCAUGAUCUUAUUUGUCUUUUGACCAGACUUUUAACUAUAAUCUUUUCCUUGCAGACCGUCCAUCAUGGGUUAAGUUUCUACCACUCAAAAAACUGUCCUUGUCAUGAUAUAUAUACAAACGCAUGCUCACUUUUGAUAUAUUUCCUUGUUCCUCCAGCAUUUUCAGAGUCUAUAUUAGGAUUUUCUGAGUUCAAAACAUUAUUAUAUCACUACUUGCUGCUCCAUGAUGUAGACAUCAUCUUUUUUUCCUUUUUUUUUUCAAAGAGGACUACCUGUCCUUUGAAAUCACUUUCAUUUUAAUGAAGCAAUGUAUCACAUUACAAUUUGCCAUCUGAUAUUAUAAAACAAUACUAAAUUUAAAG